AUGGCCGUCGAAGCACCCAACGGCGACGGAGGAGGCGGAGGCGGCGGAGGAGGAUGUCUCCCGCAGAAGAGCUUCCUCCGCCAAGUCCUCCUAGGCCGGUGGUUCAUGUUCUUCGCCUCCCUCCUCAUCGAAGCCGGCUCCGGCGCCACCUACAUCUUCGGCAUCUACUCCCACGACAUCAAAUCCUCACUGGGCUACGACCAAUCCACCCUCAACCUCCUCGGCUUCUUCAAGGACCUCGGCGGCAACGUCGGCGUCAUCUCGGGCCUCAUCAACGAGGUCUCCCCACCGUGGGUCGUCCUCCUCAUGGGCGCCGUCAUGAACAUCUCCGGCUACCUCGUGAUCUGGCUCGCCGUCGCCGGAAAAAUCCCCAAGCCCAAAGUCUGGCAGAUGUGCAUCUACAUCUGCGUCGCGGCCAACUCCCAGACGUUCGCCAACACCGGCGCCCUCGUCACCUGCGUGAAGAACUUCCCCGGGUCACGCGGCGCCGUUUUGGGGUUGUUGAAAGGCAUGGUCGGGCUGAGCGGCGCCAUCCUCACACAAUUCUACCGUGCCUUCUACGGCGACGAUUCGAAAGGUUUGAUCUUGUUCAUCGGGUGGUUGCCGACGUUGAUCUCGUUCGUCUUCCUCCGUACGAUCCGGAUCAUCGAGAUCCAACGGCUGAAAUCCAAAGAAGAAGGCCGAUCUGAGAUGUGGAUUCUGUACCGAAUCCUCUUCGUCCUCCUCGCCCUGGCCGGUCUGCUCAUGGGUUUGAUCAUCGUCCAGAACCAGUUCCGGUUCAACCGGUCGGCUUACAUCGGGAGCUGUGCUCCCGUCGUGCUCCUCCUCUUCCUCCCACUCGCCGUCGUGGUCAAAGAAGAAUUGGACGUACGUAACAGAUUACGUACGUCCAAUUUCGCCGCUCCAGUACUUGCCACGGAGACUCCUCCGGAGGGGAGAUCCCCGCAACGACAGCAGCCGCAGCAGCAGUCAGAUUCGGUCGGAUCUGGCUGCGCUGCAGGGAUCUGCAGUCCUCCCGCGAGAGGGGAGGACUACAGCAUCCUGCAGGCGCUGUUCAGUGUGGACCUACUGGUACUCUUCGUGGCGACCACUUGUGGUCUGGGUGGGGUGCUGACCGCGGUCGACAACCUGGGCCAAAUCGGGCACUCGCUGGGCUACCCGCAGCAGAGCGUGACCACGGCCGUGUCCUUGGUCAGCAUCUGGAGCUUCUUGGGCCGGGUCGGGUCCGGGUUCGGGUCGGAGGUCCUGAUCUCCAAAUACCGGUUCCCCAGGCCACUCUUCUUCACCUUAAUCCUCCUGCUGGCCUGCGCGGGCCACCUGCUGAUCGCGUUCAGCGUGCCGUACUCGAUCUACGUGGCGUCGAUCGUGAUCGGGCUGUCGUUCGGGGCGCAGUUCACGAUGCUGUUCGCCAUCAUCUCCGAGAUCUUCGGGCUGAAGCACUACGCCACGCUGUACAACUUCGGGGCGGUGGCGAGCCCGGUCGGGUCGUACGUGUUGAAUGUGCGGGUGGCGGGUUAUUUGUAUGAUAGGGAGGCGUUGAGGCAGAUGGCCGAAUUGGGCCUGACGAGGAAGGAAGGGGAGGAGCUGACUUGUAAUGGGCCCAAUUGUUUUAAGUUGGCCUUUUUGGUGGUGGCCGGAGUGACGUUGUUAGGGGCGGUGGUUUCGGUUGUGUUGGUGGUGAGGACUUGGUCGUUCUAUCGAGGGGAUAUUUACAAGAGGUUUAGAGAAGAAGGGUCGGGUGCGGAGGAGGAGGGAGGUGGUGAUGAGGUGGCAGCGGCGGCGGAGUCGCCGGACAAUGUCCGGAGGAGUACUUAG